AUGGAAUUAAUUUAUAACGUUGCCACAUCACAUGGUGGUUAUUCGGUAUUUGCUGGUGUUGGUGAACGUACACGUGAAGGAAAUGAUUUAUAUCAUGAAAUGAUAACAACUAAAGUUAUUGAUCUUAAAGGUAAAGGUUCGAAAGUAUCACUUGUCUAUGGACAAAUGAAUGAACCACCCGGUGCUCGUGCUCGUGUUGCUUUAACGGGUUUGACAGUUGCUGAAAAUUUUCGUGAUAAAGAAGGAAAAGAUGUACUUCUUUUCAUUGAUAAUAUCUUUCGUUUUACACAAGCUGGUUCAGAAGUAUCAGCUUUAUUGGGUCGUAUUCCAUCAGCUGUCGGUUAUCAACCAACAUUAGCUACUGAUAUGGGUACUAUGCAAGAACGCAUUACAACAACGAAAAAAGGUUCAAUUACAUCUGUACAAGCUAUUUAUGUACCUGCAGAUGAUUUAACUGAUCCAGCUCCAGCUACAACAUUUGCCCAUUUGGAUGCAACAACUGUAUUAUCACGUGGUAUUGCUGAAUUAGGUAUCUAUCCAGCUGUCGAUCCAUUAGAUUCAACAUCACGUAUUCUUGAUCCAAAUAUUGUCGGUGAAGAACAUUAUUCAGUUGCACGUAGUAUUCAAAAAACACUCCAAGAUUAUAAAUCAUUACAAGAUAUUAUUGCUAUUUUGGGUAUGGAUGAAUUAUCUGAUGAUGAUAAAUUAACUGUAGCACGUGCACGUAAAAUUCAACGUUUUCUAUCGCAACCUUUUCAGGUCGCUGAAGUAUUUACUGGUACACCAGGUAAAUUAGUACCACUCAAAGAAACAAUCAAAGGAUUCAAAAUGGUAUUGAACGGUGAAUUAGAUCAUUUGCCCGAAGGAGCGUUCUAUAUGGUCGGUGGUAUUGAAGAUGUAUCAGCUCGUGCUGAAAAACUUGCUGCAGAACGUUAA